AUGCGUGCGUUGGUGUGUGCAGCUCAUACGGAAUAUUACUUCUUCCCGCGUCACAUUCCUCUUCGGUUCGGUUUGGCUUCGCCGGUGGCGUUGCUGGCAAUGGCAAUGAUUGUGAUACGGGUGGUGGCGGUGGUCGGAGUGCAGGGCGACGGGGACGCGGUGCGGUGCGGUGCGGUGCCGGUGGGCGCCAAGGCUGAAACGAAAAAACAACAACAACAACAGCAGCAACACGACGAAGAGCGGAACGUCAAGCAAGGACACACGGGAGGAAUGAAUAGACGCAUGGGCGGGCGGGGGAGCGCCUCGUGGAGUGGCGACUGCAAGCGGUAA